UAAUUUGCAGAACCACUGCAUAGCAACAGUUAUGCUAAAAGUCUUGACUGGCUUGGACAGAUUUUUUUAACACAAUCACUAUUCCCAAGUUGAAUAAUAAAUACAACUGACAAUAUGUCAAAGAACGAAAACAUUGGUAUCAUUGGCAGUGGUCUCAUUGGUAAAAGUUGGGCAAUGUUAUUUGCAAGUGUUGGCUACAACGUCACAAUUUAUGAUGUUGUUCAAGAACAAAUUGAUAAAGCACUUGAAGACAUUCAACAACAGCUUAAAAAACUUGAACAAGGUGGACUUUUACGUGGAAGCCUUAAAGCUGAUCAACAAUUUGCACUCAUUAAAGGUACAUCAAGUAUUACUGAUGUAUUAAAAAAUGCAAAAUUAAUACAAGAAUGUAUACCGGAAAAUUUGGAUUUAAAAAAAAAACUUUAUGCGGAAAUUGAUAAAUAUGUUGAUGAUAAAACAAUUAUAUCAUCAUCAACUUCAACAUUCAAGCCAUCAUUAUUCUCAGAAAGUCUAAAGCAUCGUUCACAAGUUAUCGUUUCACAUCCAGUGAAUCCUCCUUAUUAUGUACCACUUGUUGAAAUUGUACCAAGCCCAUGGACAAAGCCAGAGAUAUCAGCAAAAACUAAAGAAAUUAUGACAGAAAUUGGACAAAGUCCAGUUGUUUUUUCUCGUGAAAUUGAUGGAUUUGCUCUUAAUCGUUUACAAUAUGCAAUUUUAAAUGAAGCUUGGAGACUUGUAACUGAUGGUGUUUUAAGUGUCAAAGACGUUGAUACUGUUAUGAGUGAAGGGCUUGGCAUGCGUUACGCUUUUCUUGGUGCUUUUGAAGCAGCUCAUUUAAAUGCUGAAGGUAUGAAAAAAUAUUGCGAGACAUAUAAUAAAUCAAUUUAUGAUGUCAGUGAAACAUUUGGACCAACACCAAAAUUUGUUGGACCACCAGCUGAUGAAAUAUCAAAACAACUUGAAGAAAUUUGUCCACUUGAUAAACUUCAAGAACGUCGAGCAUGGCGUGAUCUUGCUCUUACAAAAUUAUCAAUUCUCAAAAAAGAACUCAAUUGAUUUAUUAUUUUAAAAAAAAAAUAUAUCAACUAUAAAUUUAUCAUGUGCAAUUUAAAUUUA